AGCUCAGGGGCGCCAUUUGUGGCUUUUGCAACCCCAUGAUGCUUCUUUUUUUUGAGAGUACGCAAAUUGCGUACCUUAGCUUUAUAGAAGGUAGAGGUUUGAAUACAAGAAAAUGACACUCCGUUGCGCACAACCUGUCACAACACUCCACACCGGCUAGUCCGAAGACAGCCCCCACACAUGACAACAACAACAACAACAACAACAAGAAAAGCCUAUCCUAAACUGAGCAGCAAGGCCGCGUCUCAACCAAUGCCGCCGCCUCCAAAAAGAACAUCUUCAUCUUGACUUUUCUCGUUGACGCGCCAUCCUAAAGAAGGUGGAUGGUGGAAUUUGGUCCGUCCCGAGAAAGGCGUCGUCUUGGACACGCUAGCAAUGAUGUGCAUAGCGCCCCUACAGAACAAUCUUGGAUAGCAGUGAGCGCCGGAGGAAAGCAACCCAGGACCUACAAGCCGUGUCUCCAAACACGAUACUCCCAAGAGAGGGACGGCGUCGAGGACGCCGCUAUCGCGCCGGUCCAACUCCAAACCUAGGCUUUCGCCCGGAGACAUCAACCAAACCAGAAUGAAGCGAGUACGGUGUCGACACACCUCGGCGACGCCUCCAAGGAGGGAAACGACACCCACGGGCGCCGUCGUCGCCGACCCCGACCGAAGACGGACAAAGACUUUCGUCUGUGGCGUCGCACACCAUCCUCCUCGCCCACCGGAAUGGGGCAGCCAUCCAUGUUGUUCACACCGCCGCCGCCGCAGCAAAUCAAUGUCAUGGCCGAUGCGUCAUGUAACACCAACGACCCGCACGACGAGAGCCCACCUCUCUACCAACUCCGAUCUGGCCGAGCACCCGCAGCCCCCACCGUCGAGCACCUCCUGUGUGGUCGAGGGACCGCCGCACGCUGCUGUCACACUCCUGACAGCAGCCAUACAGACCGGGCCCCCAGCCCAGAUCGGGCCCUGGCUGGGCCCAGAUCUAGCCCGCAGCACCCUCUCCAUGGCCGCCGACGGCAGCUCCACUGCGAUUUUCGCCGCCUCCAGGAAGCACCACCGACGGCCGCGGCGCUGCUAGCUCCGCCUCCAUGGCCCGAGGAAGCCGCACGGACGCAGACCUCGCGCCACAGCCUCUGCGUCGUCGCCUCCAGGCCCGCGCCGCCGCUUCCAUGGCCGCUCACCCCUCCGAGCUCCGGGUCCUCCGCCAGCCUUCACGCAGCUCCGCCACGACCCUCCUCUCGCCGCCCGCCGCCUCACAGCACCGCCGCCGUGCGCCGCCCGAUGAAGCCCUCCUUCGCGCGAAGAGAACGCCACCGGGCGCACUCUCCUCCCCGCCGCCUUCGGCGGCCAGGGGGCCGCCACCACCGCCAGGAUCGGCGGCGGCAGCGGCCGGGUGGAUCUGGGGUAGGUGGCUCGCUAGUUAGGGUAAAAAAAGUUAUUUAUCACCCCAUGAUGCUUCUUGUAUCCCACAUACUGUGGUAUUGGAUGAUGAAUAAAGUUAUUUAUCACCCAAAAAAAGAACUAAAAAAAAAAGGCAACGGCGAGUGCGAGGCGACGCGCCUUGACCACACAGAGAGCAGCGAGGCUGAGUGGCUGAGCAGAGCAGAGACAAGGCCGGGCACGGCGCUCGCGGACGAGCGAGCCGCGCCGUCGUGUCGCACGGGGAUGGCGGGGCAGGCGCCGGCCGUGGUGGCGUUCGCGCUGGCGGCCGCCAUCCUCUCCACGCCGCCGCCGCAGUCGGACAACUUCUCCAACAUCCCGCCCACGCUCUCCGGGGACGACAAGGCGCAGGUGAGGAUCAAGCACCCCAAGUCGGCCAAGGCGCUGCAGUGCACCUCCAAGUGCGUCGCCACCUGCAUCCGCGGCGGCGAGGGGCCCAUCAACGUCCGGAGGCCCCUCGUCGUCUUCAAGGAGGGGCAGUUCCGCAGCCGCCUCUACUGCCUGACAGAGUGCUCGGACAUCUGCAACCUCAUCAAGGACGGCGAGGACGGGCCAUGAGAAUGAGAUGAACGAAGCUCUUGCCCGGGAGGAGCGGCAGGCACGUUCAGGGCCUUACUGGGACUGCAUUUCUCACAAGGAACCGCACGAAAUCGCGGCGUAAAUUCCGAAAGGAACCACGGAGAUCAUGCGGUGAAGAGAUCAUAGUAGGGAGGGAGGGAGAAUCGUCAUGGAAUUUCUGUACUUUCUACCACUUGCUUAUAGCUGUACAUGACACAGAAGGCAGAGCAAGCAAUACAUUUUUGGCAUCGUCACGACCAUGAGCAACAGAGAUAAACACAUGAAUGAAUGCCUUCAACUGAUAACUUGAAUUUUA